CGCGUCGGUCUCGCGGCUCCGCUCAGGUCCAGAAACCGAGGAGCGAGCGUCUCUCCGGCGGCGUGCUCUCCCCAUCCCUCUGCUUCGCAGGAUGGAAAGUGAGCUCACCAAGCUGCGCUUCGUCCUCUGGUCGGCACUUUACGGCGCCAUCGUCUCACGGUGACACCAUUCCCGUUUUCACUUGGGGAACUUCGUUAUUGCUGCUCAUUUUACUGGCACGCCUUUUUAAGGGAAGAAAAAAAAGGAGAAUACAACACGACUGAAGCGGAAAUACACCGCAGUGAAACAAGGUCGCCUUUUUUGGAUGGAGAAUUUCCGAUCGUUGGUGUCUGAGCUGAAGUCAAGCUGGUUGUGAAGGCGCAGGAUUUGUUCUCCCCUACAGCCCAGGUCGGAGAUAGCAUGGCAGCGGGAGUGGCGGCGUGGCUUCCCUUUGCCCGGGCGGCAGCCAUUGGCUGGAUGCCUGUGGCGAAUCUGCCCAUGCCUGUGGCGCCAACUGAAAAGAACAAACGUCAGGAUGAGUUAAUCAUUUUAAAUGUUAGCGGACGGCGCUUCCAAACGUGGAGGAACACAUUGGACCGCUAUCCGGACACCUUGCUUGGGAGCUCUGAGAAAGAGUUCUUCUACAACGAAGAGACCAAAGAGUACUUCUUCGACCGGGAUCCCGACGUGUUCCGCAGUGUGCUCAACUUCUAUCGCACCGGCAAGCUCCACUACCCUCGCUAUGAGUGCAUCUCGUCCUAUGACGAAGAGUUGGCUUUCUUUGGCAUCAUCCCGGAGAUCAUCGGUGACUGCUGCUAUGAAGAGUACAAGGACAGGAAGAGGGAAAAUGCAGAGCGUCUGAUGGAUGACCAAGAGGAAAACAAGGACGCCAAGCUGCCCAACAUGACCUUCAGGGAGACCAUGUGGCGGGCUUUUGAGAACCCGCACACUUCCACCAUGGCCCUGGUCUUCUACUACGUCACUGGAUUCUUCAUCGCAGUCUCUGUCAUCACCAACGUGGUCGAGACGGUGCCCUGCGGCUUGGCGCUCAAUAAGAAGGAAGUGCCAUGCGGCGAGCGCUACACGGUGGCCUUCUUUUGCAUGGACACGGCGUGCGUCAUGAUCUUCACCGUGGAAUACCUGAUGCGCUUGUUUGCCGCGCCGAGUCGCUACCGCUUCAUGAGGUCCGUCAUGAGCAUUAUCGACGUGGUGGCCAUCUUGCCCUACUACAUCGGCCUGGUGAUGACUGAUAACGAGGACGUCAGUGGCGCCUUUGUGACGCUGCGAGUUUUCAGAGUGUUCCGUAUCUUUAAGUUCUCCCGCCACUCGCAGGGCCUCCGCAUCCUGGGCUACACGCUCAAGAGCUGUGCCUCAGAGCUGGGAUUCCUGCUCUUCUCACUCACGAUGGCCAUAAUUAUAUUUGCUACUGUCAUGUUCUACGCAGAGAAGGGUUCAACCUCCAGUAAAUUUACCAGCAUCCCAGCCUCCUUCUGGUACACCAUCGUUACUAUGACAACACUUGGGUAUGGAGACAUGGUUCCGAAAACGAUUGCAGGGAAGAUCUUUGGUUCAAUCUGCUCUUUGAGUGGGGUGCUGGUAAUCGCCCUGCCUGUUCCUGUCAUCGUGUCCAACUUUAGUCGCAUCUAUCACCAGAACCAGAGAGCAGACAAACGGCGGGCGCAGAAGGUACAGAAAGCCCGCUUGGCCAGGAUUCGAAUAUCCAAGACAGGAAGCUCCAGUGCCUUCAUCCAUAGCAAGCGUAAUGGCCUCUUCAACGAAGCAUUGGAGCUCACGCAACUUCCGUACAAGAUGAACCUCUCUGAUCAGGGUUCUACUGAGGAGGAAAAACGCUUAAGUAAGUCUACCUCUCUACUAGAGAGCCAGCACCAUCACCUGCUGACCUGUCUGGAGAAAACCACCAACCACGAAUUUGUGGAUGAGCAGUACUACCAACAGAGCUACCUGGAGGCGGGACUUCAGAAUUACUCGUCUCGAAGCCCGUCUCUCUCCAGCCAAGAGGGCGUCACUGGCACUUGCUGCACCCGCAGGAGCAAGAAGCAUCACAGCCCUUUACCGAAUUCCAGUGAGCCGGCACACAUGCAGCCUUUGACGCACGCACGCCAACAAGGCUUGCAGGAGCUCAGCACCAUCCAUAUUCAGCCCCUCAGCACCAGCCGCUCCAGUUUGAACAUGCGCAUGGAUGAGCCAGCACCUCUCAACUGCCAGGGCAGCCAGAUCACCACAGCAAUCAUCAGCAUUCCCACACCACCGGUGACCACCCCUGAGGACGACGCCCGUCUUCCAGCAGGAGCCGCCCACCAGAACGUUGUGAAGGUGUCCGCACUGUGAACGAUGCAGGCUUUGUCACACUGAGAGACUCAUGAGGCUGACUGAUGGACAAGAGGAUGACCCUGAGAUAGAGAGGCGUUGUGGUGGUCAGAGACUUAGUUUUGUCUUGGUGGAGCCUUCCCUCUGCUGGUCAUGUCCUGUCACAACAUUAACUCCUUGUGCCGAAGAGGGAUCGCGUUCAGAAACACUGCACCCAUGUACAUGUUGAGUGUGUGCGUGUGUGCGUGCGUGCGUGUCACUGAGCACAAAGCACCUUUUUAUGAUUUUUGCAUCAGUUUGACUCUUCCAUAAGCAGCAGAUGGAAGCUGAUCGAGAAAGAAUCAAAAUAAUCUAUUGCUCUGCCCUUUUACUUGGUGUCAUUCUGGUUCGCUGCUGAUGAACACGUACAGUUUGUCACCAUUGCUGAUCACUUUCAGUAUCACCCCAGUUGAGCGGGGGCGGAGUAUAUAUGAUAUGUAUACUGUAUCUGUAUUGCCAGCAAAGGUGUUUCAUAGUUGUGAAUGUGUGUGUGCGUGUGCGUGUGCGUGUGUGUGUGUGUGUUUGUGUGUGUGCAUUUUCCUAGCUAGAAUAGAAUUGUGAUGUUUUGGGACAAGGGUACGCGCCUGCAUUGGGGCAUCUUUUCGGGUGACUGAACUUUCAAUUCUUCUGGAAGUCCGUCUAUUGCUCUGUAUACGGUGUAUUUAACUAGCUACCAUACUCAAGGCUUCGAAGGACACAUUUCUGUCCAAAAUCCUCAGUUGGGAGCCUUUUUAUACGACAUGUGCCUGUUUUUGUCAGAGUGAAAUCAUCAAUUCAUAUUCAGAGAUCAAAAUAUACCCUUUGGCUGGAGACGGAUCUCGAAUGACAAAAUUGUUGAAUGCAUAUAAUUAUAUUAUGGAAUGGGAAGCCACCCCAAUAUAAAGCACAAGGCAUUCGCUGAGAAUUUUGGACACUGACAUGUUCUGAGCCCAAGUCCUUUGUGAAUAUUGUGAAUAGAAUAUUUUGUAAUAUUUGACCAUCGUUUGGCAGAACCAGUGAAGCUGUGCUCUCUCUCUUUCUCUCUCUCUCUCUCUCUCUGUCUCUCUCUCUCUCUCUCUGUCGUUGUUGUCCGCUUGUAUUCCUUAUCCCUCCUGUGUGAACUACUGUAUGCUUAAAGUCAUCUUUAUAGCUGUCAAGCAACAUUCUUUCUUCCCCUAAGUCAGUGGGCAUUUUUCAAAGUUGUUGAGUAUGUGUACUUUGGUGUUUGUAGUUUUUGUCCCCCUCGAUGUUACACCCCCGCCCCAACACACAAACACACACUCUUCAUUUGCAGGAGAACUUGAUGCAGGCAGUGGGCUCUGGUUUGUUAGUUGCUAUGCUGACAUAAAGGACCAGAGUUCUACCACCGCAGUACAAUGUGAGAUCCGCACAAAGCCCACUGACAUACUUGGCCUUUUGUCUAUUCUGAAUGUCAGUCCAACAGCUUUGUACCGCCGUCGGAGAUACAAUUUCCAUCCCAAUCUUGCUAUUUGUCCAUGAAAAAAUGUCCAUAAUGAGUCCACAGGCAGGGCUAUAGAUGUACCAACAUAUCACCGUUAGAAUAUGUUCAAAUGUGUACAGCAUAUCAUCUAGCGAGCCUGUGAGUACCGAGCUGAUGUGGAACUAGACUUUAGUGAUCUUGUCAAAUUAUCAUCACAGCCAAAAUUACCUUUUAAAAAUAAGAUUUAUAUAAUCAGCAUAAAAGGUGAACGUUGGCAUCGCAGUUUUACAUGUGCGUUGUUCUUAAAAAAAAUUAUAUCUAUCUAUCUAUCUAUAUAUAUAUAUAUAUAUAUUAGAGCUGUCAAACGAUUAAAAUAUAUAAUCUAAUUAAAAAUGCAACUGUCAUAAUAAUAAUAAUAAAAAACUCAAAUGAACUAAAAAAUUAAUUGUGAUUACUCACACAUUUUUUAUCGUUUCUGAAUUUCUUUUAAAUUGUUGUCCUAUUUUUUCCCUGUUUUAAUGCUCUCAUCAACUUGGAAUCAUGAAUCAGUUUUCUAUGUGCCAAAUGCAAAUAUUUACUGAAAUAGCAAUUUCAAUUUUUAAUUUUACAUGAACAUUUUCCACUUGGAGCAGUUGUUCACACAUAAUCUCUCACACAAUAUCACUGUCCAUCAACACCAGUGAAAAAAUAUUUUGUCACACAACAGCUGCUUUAACAGCUUUUUUAAUGAAAUCAAAACAGAGCAAUAUAACAAAGUGCACAUCUAAGGUAAACUAGUACUCAGCCUAUAGUGGAUUUAAACCAUGGUUGCAUACUUCUUUUUUGCUUUCAACACAGCAGUCUGUUUCUGUAUGUUUGUUGGAGAAUAGAGACCCCGGACACCAGUGUUCGUUAUGUGCCGCUGUAUUCAAAAUUGCCGGCGGUACAAACGCGCGAGUUACUUCCCCCGUGCUGCUGGGCAAACCAUUUUGAAAGAGGGGGGUUUCACUCCCCCUAACACAGUCAGGCUAUGUUGAUUAUGUUGGUCCUUCUUGCGUGGAAGUCUCUCUACGGUUUUUGAGUCUACCUCAUUUCGAAUGACUACACUUGGUUCGAUGACAACACUGGAGACGUUUAAUUUUCGCUAGGUCGUUACAACAGCACUGCACUGUCACUGUCAGACGAACACAGAGAAGCUCCACCCGCUUUAUUUAUAUGGACACGGAACGCUGUAACCUUCCACACAAAAUAGUUCCAAACAAGUAACAAUCGCGAAAGUGGCAUACAUUUUAUACAUGAAUGAUACACAGAGAGAGAAGAACAGGUAACUUUGGUCUUGUCAGUGGAGCAAUCUGGCAACUUUUUAAAAGUAAAUUUUCCAUUCAUAAACUCGUUAAGUAUCCGUUUUCGGUGUCUCCCGCUGCCAUGGCUGGUAAAACAGACAUGGGCGUGGACUUCUGCAGCGCGCUUGUUGUUUUGUUUCUGGUGUAUUUAUAGAGCAACGUAACAUGCGCUUGUGACGUGUGCCGCGUUAUUCUCGCGAGAAAAUUUUUAAUCCCGUUAAAAUUCAUUUAAAUUAAUGCCAAUAAAAACGCGCUAAACUGACAGCUCUAAUAUAUAUAUCUCUUCUUCCGAGCCGCUUGAUCCUCACUAGGGUCGCGGGGGGUGCUGGAGCCUAUUCCAGCCGUCUUCGGGCAGUAGGCGGGGGACACCCUGAAUUGGUUGCCAGCCAAUUGCAGGGCACACAGAAACGAACAACCAUUCAUUCGCACUCACACUCACACCUAGGGACAAUUUAGAGUGUUCAAUCAGCCUGCCACACAUGUUUUUGGAAUGUGGGAGGAAACCGGAGCUCUCUCUAUCUCUCUCUCUCUCUCUCUCUCUAUAUAUAUAUAUAUAUAUAUAUAUAUAUGAAAUAUGAAAUAUGAAAUAUGAUCUAACACGGAUGCUGACGUGUACGUCCCAUAUCAACGUAUGAGGGGCCCAGAUUCCCGCUAUGUUCCCUCAGCCUGAGUAUCGUGAUUACUCAGAGAAAGACAAAAAUAGUUGACAGGGUGGAAGUGGAAAAAGUGUCAGUUUAAGUACUGGUACCAUUUUUGGUGUAGUGACAGAAUUCAAACAAAGAGACAAGCACAGACAGGGUGGCCUUUUUCUUAUUUAGAAAGCUGUAUUAAACACAGCAUCACAGGGUGAGACUUUCGUGACUGGCAUAAAUGCUGCGCAGCGUGUGGCAUAACUCGACGCGGAGGCAGGUUAGACUGAUUUUUGGUAAUUUCGUAGACAAGCGCAGGCCUCUGGGUCAUAAAUAAUAUCAAACAGGGCGGGCUGCCCAACUACGGGAGUCGUCAAAGCUGACUUAGCUCAUGGCCAAAGCAGCUCAACUUUAAACGUGGCAGCGCAAGUUGAGCAGCAAAGUCUCGACAUGGCGGAGGCACAUCUGCACUGUGAGGUGGGCAUUUAGAGACUGCCCCUGCCUCUACAGGAUAUAUCUACAGGAUAUAUACAGUAUAUAUAUACACACACCGGUAUGCUGUUUACAUACAGUAUGUAUGAAAUAUGUUGCGUUAGACGAGCUGUCUACCCUGCACCAGAGCUCGACAUGGUCUGAGAAAGCGUAAAGUUGAGAUCAGCUUUCAGCCACCCGAAUCGUCACUCCGCCAGGCUAUUUCAAUGACACUUCUUCUGCUGCACCGGCCCACCCAGCUUGGAGGAGACCUGUUUGUCACAUUGGCAAAUGCGCAGCGAGCCUUGCAAAGAAUUGAAAAUCAGGACCCGCCGGCAUUUGUGUCUAGGUGCAGUUGCCCUGUCUACGAAAAAAGGGAGCCCAUCAUGUUUACAGGCUUCAUUCCAACAUUUGGAAUAUUUUAAUCUACUGUACAACUGGUAAUGGCAAAAGUGAGGUCUCUUUUCUUUGAUUUGGCUGAAACUUUUUUGCUUGUUUUGUAUCAGCAGCCCUUUCAAACACAAUUUGAGUUCGGCUCAAUGUCUCCAUUGAUUUUUGUACACAAUAAAAAAUAAUAGACCUGCCCUGUUUUGUUUGGCGCUCUCUUUCUCUGUUACUGUAUGUAGUCUCAUUUGUCUUCUGCAAAAGCAAUCGGUUUUCUUCUCACUUUUUGCUUUGCCCUCCUAUGCCACCUGUCGUUGUUAAGACUAUUGCUGUGCGUAUCUUGUCGUGUUUGAUAUUAUUUAUGACCUUGUCUUGUGUCCCAACUGUGAAAAGCCUGAUAAAACAUCUAUAUCUGCCACAU